CUGGCCGCCCUGAAGAAAGCUCUGUCUGCAGGUGGAUACGACGUGGAGAAGAACAACUCCCGCGUCAAACUCGCCGUCAAAAGCCUGGUGACCAAGGGCACCCUGGUGCAAACCAAGGGCACCGGCGCCUCAGGAUCUUUCAAGCUCAACAAGAAGCAAACCGAGGCGAAGAAGCCCGCGGCCAAACAAGCCGCCGCUCCUAAAGUGAAAAAGGCCGCAAAGAAACCCGCCGCUGCAAAGAAGCCCAAGAAGGUAACAGCCAAGAAGCCCGCCGCUAAGAAGUCCCCCAAGAAGGUCAAGAAACCCGCUGCUGCUGCUAAGAAAGCCACCAAGAGCCCCAAGAAGGCAGCCAAGAGUCCUAAAAAAGCCAAGGCAGCCAAACCCAAGACCGCUAAGCCCAAAGUGGCCAAGGCCAAAAGAGCUGCACCCAAGAAGAAGUAA